AUGGCUACCGCCACCGAACCAUUCAUCAGUAUCUUUGACUCGGAUCUAGAAUGGUCCCUCCCACCGAGUGUCAUGAUUGAGGAGGCUCUUCAGAACAAUCUUUUUAUGGCUGCAGCGGCUGGGAAAACUUUUACUGAAGAGCUCCCGUCUACAUGGAAAAGGAUCCCAAGAAUCGCCACAACUGCGUUCACGGUUCCAAUUUCACCUGUUACGACUCACACUUUUAAUGGCUCCUCUGAAUUUGGGUACGAUGGGUUGGGCACCUCCUGUGUCGACCCGGUUUCCAGUGCCACAAGCCUCGAUAUUCAUGGCCCUGGUAUCCCGCCGGCCCCUAGUUUCCACCUAAAGGCACAAAGCGAGCACCCGCCUCACAUCAAUUCUAGUAUGUGGCAAGGUGGCGCCCGUCACAAAGAAGCCUGGGGUUCAAUUUCACACCAAGAUCUACCGGAGGGUUUCGAGAGCCAGUCGGUACCGUCAAAUCCAGAGGCAUACAUAUUACGACAUGAAAAUAGUAAUUCAAGGAUUUUAAUCACUCCAGAUGGGGUGAUGAAGCCGUUUUAUGAUGCCCAAAAGCAGUCAUACUUUAAUUCUCAACACCCAUUCCCACCAGAUACCAUCUAUUACGAUCCUACAAACGGGCACCCAGUACACGUUGUAUCGUGCUCUCAACCUGAUCCAAAACAAACAUUGCCACCAUUCAAUCCGGUUGAAGGCAUUAGCGGCCGUAUGCCAGUGUUCAAGGAUGAAAUCAUUCCAACAUUCAAUAUGGGAUAUUAUCCCGAUCUGCUUCAUCUACCCAGCAGACCAUCCGAUGUAUUAGUCUACUUUAACUCAAUAUGUGCGGCUGCAGCAUUAUCUCCCCAUCGGAAGGCUUGGAUGGAUGAUAACUUACAGGAAACUGAAAUCCGAUUCUGUGGCCUUGACGAUGCCGUUUUUCAAAUGUGCGAGGCUUAUAGCGGCAAGCCACUACGUGGGCCCAACAAUGAGCUAGAGCGGGGUUUAGAGACGAAAGACUUCAAAGCCGUUCCGGAUAACUCGCUGUUCUUUGAUUGGGCGCUAGAGCUCCAAGAAUGCCGGCUCCACCUUGAGAGAUUGAAUAAAUUGGCAUAUACCCCAGUUAUGAACAAAUGCAAAGUCGAAGUGGUGUGGAAAGCCUUGGUUUACUUUAGAGAUAAUUGGGCCAACAAUAUUUUUAGCCAGUGCGACAAUGAAUUUUGGGAAGCAUCCGAGGAGGAAAUGGAGUGGAUGAAAGAGUAUCAUGCUUUUAACCGCGAGAUGCAAAGAUUGAUGAAAACUGUGGAGGAUGAUUUGGUGGAAGUUGGAAGGUUGGAAAACAUGGUGACUGCCUUUAGAGGAGCUGUUUGGAAGGCUGAAACAAAGUUUAAGAAGUUAAAAGACACUUUUAGAUCCUCUAUGAGCGUGGUAGACUAA